CAGUGCGCACCCUCGGGGCUGACGGGGCUCGGCCGUAGCGCGUGGUGAGUGCCCAUCCCCGCCGGGCCCGUUCUGCAGCUUACCCUCCCCUCGCCAUCCCAGCGUGUCCAGAGCCCAUAUCCAGCAGCAGGAGGGAUGGGGGACUGGAGCAUGCCCAUCGGCUCGUUGGGCGGGGAGGUGCUGUCCCGGCUGUGUGAGCUGCUGGAUAACGCCAACCGGGGCUGGCGCAAGCUGGCGGAGCUGGCCGGGGCCGAGAAACGCUUCAAGUGCAGCGCCGAGGAGCUGGAGAUGUGCUCUCUGAAGGUGCUGGAGCCCCGCGGCAGCCCCACGCAGUGCCUGCUGCAGCUGCUGGCCGAGCGCGACUGCACCCUCCGGUACCUGCUGGGCUGCCUGGAGCGCAUGGGGCACGAACAGGCCUGCCGGGUGCUCAGCUCUGCCGUCCAGGACAUGAUCUGCAUCACGGUGCAGCCGGAGUCACAGGUGGUGGCAGAGGGGACACAAGUGUCCCUGACUUGCUGUGCGACCGGCCCGCCUGGGCUCGUGUACCAGUGGUUCUGCGGGAGGCGGGAGGUGCCUGGAGCCACAUCCCCGGAGCUGGUGAUCAACGUGGCUGCCCCCCCGGGCCAGCCCGAGUGGUACAUCUGCAGGGUGAACUGCGGGGCCACCUUCACCUUCUCCAGGUGGGCUCAUGUCCAGGUGGAGAAGAACAGCAGCCCCAGCUCAGCCAGUGGCUACUGCCCCAGCAUGGCGGGGCUGCAGAUCGUGCGGCAGCCGCGGCAGUGCCGCCUGGCCGAGGGGGACACGCUGCUGCUGGAGUGCAGAGCCAUYGGCAACCCCCCGCCCCAGUACCAGUGGUUCAGGAACCGGCGCCCUGUGGAAGGAGCACAGGCACCCCAGCUCCAGGUGAAGCUGGUGACRACAGCCGAGCGGGGCAGCUACUCCUGCCGUGUGUUCAACCUCUUCCAUGAGGUGUGGAGCCAGGARGUGGAUGUGGAGAUCGGCCCACGGCUCUUCACCUCUGGAGGCUCCUGGCAGGAGUGGGAUGGAGGCUCGCUAGAGCACGRCAGCCCUGGACAGCUGUAUGCCACRGACAAAGUGGCGCUGCUGAUCGGCAACAUGCACUACCUGCACCACAAGCAGCUGCAGGCACCCAUGGUGGAUGUCCAUGCCCUCGGUGCCCUCCUGCGCCAGCUCGACUUCAAGGUGGUGUCGCUGCUGGACCUGCGCAAGGCCGAGAUGCAGAUGGCCGUGGAUGAGUUCCUCCUCCUCCUCGACAAGGGCGUCUACGGUUUGCUCUACUAUGCUGGGCACGGCUAUGAAAAUUUUGGCAACAGCUUCAUGGUGCCCACUGACGCGCCCAGCGCCUACACAUCGGAGCAUUGCCUGUGUGUGCAGCGAGUGCUGCGGGAGAUGCAGCAGCGCCGCACCGGCCUCAAUAUCUUCCUGCUCGACAUGUGCCGCAAGAGGAACCUCAAUGACGACGUCAUCCCGCAGGUCGGGGCGCUGGAGGUCACGGCCAACAUCGUCUUUGGCUACGCCACGUGUGCAGAUGCCGAAGCCUACGAGCUGAGCCAGGGCGAGCUCUCCAAUGGCAUCUUCGUCACCUUCCUKAAGCGCUGGCUGCUGGAGGAUGAGAAGAUCACGGUGCUGCUGGACAAAGUGGCCGAGGACAUGGGCACUCUGGAGAUCACRCGGGGCCGGCAGGCGCUGGAGCUCCGCAGCAACCUCUCGGAGCGACGAGCUCUGACCGACCCUAUCCGCCCCCCGGGCCGGGACGAGUCCUCUGCCAGGAACCUGCAGUGGGCCAAGGCUCACGUCCUGCCAGAGAGUCGCCACAUCCACUUCAACUGCGGUGUCACCGUCCAGCUGGGCUUUGCUGCCGAGUUCUCCAACAUCAUGAUCAUCUACACACGCGUGGUGGCCGCCCCCGAGGAUGUCACCAAGUGUGAGGCCAGGCUCACUGACAUUCCUGAGGAGCUGGACGUGGACCUCAAGUGCACCAACAAGGAGAGCCCAGAGGAAGUGGGCAGCCCACUGGCACCCGUCUGGAGCCUCGAUUGCCCCUCCUAUUGCCUCUACAGCCGCAUCUGUGGCUUGCAGAAGCUGYGGCAGGAGCUGGCCUUCACCGUGUGCCUGCAGUACCGCUACAGGGGGAUGGAUGACUUCGUGGAGGAGCGGCAGCAGGUGAACGUGGGGCGGCCACUCAUUGCCAAGCUCAACCUGCAGCGGGCAGUGCCCUCCUCACCGCCCCACAGCCCCCUCUCCUCCUCGCCCCCGGGGAGCUGGGGGGCCUCAGGGAGCUCAUGGGUCAACACCCCCGAGGAGAACCUGAGCCCCGAGGGGCCCAGCUCCCAUACACUGUAGGGGGACAGUGUGGCCCCUCUGUCAUCACUGUCCCCUGGGGCCACAUCUGUCCUGGGSGCCAGAGGACAGAGGCAGGAGGGACUGAGCCCCAUCCUGGCCUGUGCCAAGGGAUGCUGGUCUCACAGCACAGCACGACUGGUACUGUUGGCCCCAGCCCCAUGUCCCUUGGUGUGGCAAUGCCACCACCAUGCACCUGAGCAGUGCCAGCCCCACAUCCCUUGGCAUGGCAAUGCCACCUCCACGUCCCUGGGUAUAGCAGUGCCAUCCCCAUGUCCCUGGACAGUGCUAUCCUUGCAUCCCUUGGCACAGCAAUGCCACCCCCGUGUCCCUGGGCAUAGCAGUGUAACCGCCAUGUCCCUGGGCACGGCAAUGCCACCCCCACCUGUCCCUGGGCAGUGCCAGCCCCACAUCCCUGGGCAGUGCCAGCCCCACGUCCCUGGGCAGUGCCACCCCCACAUCCCUGGGCAGUGCCAGCCCCACGUCCCUGGGCAGUGCCACCCCCACGUCCCUGGGCAGUGCCACCCCCACGUCCCUGGGCAGUGCCAGCCGCACAUGUCAGGCCACUGCUGGGCCACUGCCAGGCAGUGCCAGGGGCAGAGUGCCCAGAGCCCAUGGCUCAGCGGGCUCGAGGCGUCGUGCCGGGGCAGGGCUGGGUUCCUUCAGGCCUGGGAGAAAUAGAGAGAAAUAAGCAGCUUAGGGGGCAAAUCCCGCGGGAGGAGAUUAGAGGGGGUGGGAGCGGKAGGGCUCCUGUUGGGCUGCGAGGGGCUGGGAGCACCCGCUGAUGCCCCCAGUGCUUGCAGUAGCACCCAGUCCUCCCAGUAGCACCCCAGGAACCGGCCCCAUCUGGGCAGUGAGUGAUUUCAGGACAGGAUUGGGAUCCAAGGGGGCAAAAAUGCGUUUUUGCUUGGAUUUUUCCCAUACAAACCCCCGCAUGUUGGGCAGGCUCCCAUGGGAAUCCACCAAUAAAGUGGGCCGGGCAGGCGGCUCGGCACUUC